AUGGUUUCAUUUUCUGUUGUUAUUGUGGACGAAGUAGUAGUUAUAGUUGUGAUCUCAGGAGAGGGUGUUGUUGUAAUUUCUGUUUCUGCUGUCGUUUAGGCAGGAGUGAUUUAUGUGGUUUCUGUUUCAGAUGUAGUAGAUGAUGUAGUUGUUUCUGCAAUAGUUUCAUGCUCAGAUGUGGCUGAUGUUGUGGUUAUUGUCAUCUCAGGUUCAGGAGUGGUUGACAUUGUCGUUGAGGUUGCUGUGGUGUCAGGUUCUGGUGUGGUUGAUGCUGUAGUUGUUGUGCUAUCAUGUUCUGGUGUGGUUGACGUAGUAGUUGUCGUGAUGUCUGGCAAUGGUGUGGUUUUUGAAUUAGUUGUUGUGGUUUCAGGCUCUAAUGUAGUUGUAGAAGUAGUAGUUGUUAUGGUUAAAGUAGUAGUUGCUGUGGUUGAAGUAGUUUCAGUUUCUGGGGAAGUUGAUGUUGUAGUAGUUGUUGUUGUAUCAGGUUCUGGUGUGGUUGACAUCGUUGUUAUCGUGAUUUCUGGCAAUGGUGUGGUUUUUGAAGUAGUUUUUGUGGUUAAAGUAGUUGUAGUUGUCGAUGUAGUCGUAGUUGUAGUUGUAGUUGUGAAUGCAAUAACAUUUAUUCAAAUACUCACUUCAUCAUUGAAUUACUAAGCUAUAGCGAUAUCAGAAUAGUCAAAAAUACCACUUAAAGUAGCCUUAAAAUUCACUUCAUAUUGCCCAGCAUUAUUAUUAUCACUUGAAUCUACAGUAAUCUUCAUUGUUGAAGGAUUAAAUGAAAUAUAAGAGGGGAGUGAAAUAGAGCCAGACUAACUUUUCAAAUAAGCUUGA